UUUUCUUCUUCUUAGCUUGAAAAUCUCUAUCAAAUUCAGCAAUGCGGCCUCCUAGCCGCAACGUAUUUAUCUCUUUUCUUGUUAUCUCCCUCUUGUCGUACCAGAUCUCGAAUGUGGUAGGACAAGAAGGUGAUAACGAUAUCGAUUUAGAUGAUAUUAAGGCUAAUGCUAGUAAGUUGAGUUUCGAAAACCCAAAGAUUCGCGAUGCUUAUAUCGCGUUGCAAUAUUGGAAAACAGCAAUGUUUUCUGAUCCUUUUAACUUUACAGCUAAUUGGACAGGACCUGAUGUUUGUUCGUAUGGUGGAGUGUUUUGUGCUCCUUCGUUAACGGAUGAUUCGAUUAGAGUUGUAGCUGGCAUUGAUCUUAAUCAUGCUGACAUUGCUGGUUCAUUAGUUGCAGAACUUGGUCUUCUUACAGAUCUGGUUCUUUUCCAUCUCAACUCGAAUCGUUUUUGUGGAGUUGUACCGAAAACUUUUAGCCAUUUGAAGCUUCUUAGGGAGCUUGAUUUGAGUAACAAUAGGUUUGUUGGUGGGUUCCCUAAGGUAGUUCUUUCACUACCUUCUUUGAAGUUUCUGGAUCUAAGGUUUAAUGAUUUUGAAGGACCAGUUCCUUCCGAAUUGUUCGAUAAAGAUUUGGAUGCGUUGUUUCUGAAUGACAAUAGAUUCCGUUUUGGCAUCCCGGAGAACUUGGGUAACUCCCCUGUUUCUGUUCUUGUGUUUGCUAAUAACGAUCUUGGAGGGUGUAUUCCCGCGAGUAUUGGGAAAAUGGGGAAAACGUUGAAUGAGUUGAUAUUGAUGAAUGAUAACCUCACUGGAUGUUUACCCAUGGAGAUUGGAUUGUUGAAGAAGUUGACAGUGUUUGAUGUUAGCUUCAACAAGAUUCAAGGCUCAUUGCCAUUAACUGUGAGCAAAAUGAGGAGUGUGGAGGAACUCAAUGUGGCUCACAACAAGCUUACUGGGGUUAUACCAGCUAGCAUUUGCCAGCUUCCAAGGUUGCAGAACUUUACGUAUUCGUUCAAUUACUUCACUGGGGAGGCUCCGGUUUGUGCUGCGACUAGAUCUGGUGAUGGUCAGGAGAACUGUCUCGUUGGAAAGAAGAAUCAAAGAUCUGCUAAAGAAUGCUCUUCGGAUGAUGCAAAACCGUAUGAUUGUAAGAAAUCGAAGUGUUAUAGCCCAUAUGCUACGUCUCCACCGACGAAACCAAAGCCAAAGCCAACACCAACACCAAAACCAAGAGGACCACCACCACCUACUUGGAAGUCUUCGGGUUCGCAUAACAAGCGAUCUCCGCCACCACCUAAAUCAACUCCUCUUCCUCCACCAGCACCUUACAAAAAGUCCCCAGCGUAUCGACAUAGAAGUCCACCACCACCUACUCACAAAAUUUCACCUGUAACUUAUCAUUCACCUCCUCCACCUUCACCCGUAUAUUACCACCCAUCUCCAUCGUCCCCACCACCACCAGUUUAUUAUUCUCCACCACCCCCGGUGUAUUAUGAGCCACCUACUUACAAGCCUAAAUCACCACCACCACCAACACCGUCAUAUGAACACCCAAAAACCCCAUCACCACCACCACCAACACCAUCAUACGAACAUCCAAAAACCCCAUCACCAACACCACCAACACCAUCAUACGAACAUCCAAAAACCCCAUCACCACCACCACCAACACCAUCAUACGAGCCACCAUCAUACGAGCAUCCAAAACCCCAAUCACCACCACCACCAACACCGUCAUACGAGCAUCCAAAACCCCAAUCACCACCACCACCAACACCAUCAUACGAACACCCAAAAACCCCAUCACCACCACCACCAACACCAUCAUACGAACACCCAAAAACCCCAUCACACCCAACCCCACCUACCCCACCUUGUAACGAACCACCACCUCCACCACCUAAUUCACAUUGGGAACCAAAACCAUCCCCACCAUACACCUACUCAUCACCACCGCCUCCAUCACUAUCUCCUCCUCCUCCCACUUACUACUACUCAUCACCACCGCCACCAUCACCAUCACCUCCCCCACCCACUUACUACUACUCAUCACCGCCGCCACCACCACCAUUUUACGAAAAUAUCCCUCUCCCACCAGUAAUCGGAGUCUCCUACGCAUCUCCACCACCACCAGUCAUUCCAUAUUACUGAACAAGGGUUAUCAAUUAGCCUUUGAUUUUCCAUUAUCAAAAAAAAAAAAGAAUUCAUUUUUUUUUUAUGAAUUAUGUAUACUUUGUUAUUUAUUUUUUGUAAUAUUUUUAUUUUGAGUUUGAUUAUAUUUAUGAAAAUUGGGAUUAUGGGCGGGAGUUAGUGAGGGGUUUAACUAUCAAUAUUUUAAUAU